AUGGAGAAUGAUGAUGUCAUGUUGCGGGUGGAGCCUUUUUCUGUGCAUUUUUGGUACAAGUUGAAAACAUGUGAGGAGGUGUCGGCCAGCGUGGCUCCGUACAGGGAGGAGAACGGGCGGCUCCUGACGCAGCUGAACGCCCUGCACAUGGAGAACAUUGGACUCAGGGAACAUAACGAGAAGCAUAGCAAAGAGCUCCAGAAUGCCCUGCAGAAGCUAGAGAAGGAGAACCGUGACCUGCGGUUCCUGGCCGGGGAGUACCAGCGGCAGAUCGAGGUCCUGGAGGCCGAGUCGAGGAGGAAGAGCGACAAGAUCCUUCAGCUGCAGGAGAAGAACCUCCAAGCUGUCAUCAGUACCCCAGGUGGUCGCAGAAAGCCUGUACCUUUUCAGCGUCAGCGCCUUGAAAUCACAUCUCAUCUUCCAGAGAACAACAUGUCUUCCUGUAACAAGUGUUCAAAGUGCGGGUGUGCUGCUGGUGCAGGUCGUCAGCAGAAUAACAACGAUGCCUACCUUGCUGAUCUUUUGCGCAUGACAGACCAAAAGCUCCUUGACCUACAGCAGGAAGCAGAACGCAGUCAGCGACAGGCCAAGGAGUACGAAAACCAAUGCUCCACUCUCAGGAAACAAGUUGCAUCCAGAGAAUCAGAGAUCUCAAGGCUCCAGGGUUUGUUGGAGGGAGGGCGGACGGUAGCAGCUGUGCUUGAGGACAAUCGCAUCCAUGCAGCUCAUGAACACCUCCACCAGCUGCAGCUUCACAAUGAUCUCCUCACUAAGACCAACAUACAACUGGAGAAUAAGCUUAAAAAUAUUCUUGGAGAUACACAUGAAGCCAUGAACAGAGCUGUAGAAUUAGCUGACGAGAACACAGACCUCACCAAGGAACUCCACGAUGUUGAGAAGACCAAUCGCCUCUUGGAGGAAGAUGUUCUCAACACGGCAGAAACACUCACACAAAAGCUGCAACGCACAAAGUCUAAACUUAUAAGCUGUGAAUCAGACCUUGCCGAACAACACCGUCUGUUCCAUCACAUGAGAGAUGAACGUGACAGGCUCUACAAGGAGCUGAUUCAUGUGCGACACGACCACUCACGGCUCACACAUGACCACACACGCUUAGUGACAGAACGGGUACCAAUGUUAGAUGAAAACAGGCGAAUGGAGGAAUUGCUGCGAAAAGGACAGGAAGAGAAAAAGACACUGGUGGAUAAGAUAAAUCAUUUAACAGUAUCAUUACAAGAAGCCGAAACUGAAAAGCUUCGCCUGACUGACGAAGGAGAAACCCUUCGCAAAAAGAUCGCAGAGUUGACAGAGGAGAAGGACACUGCAGAGCAAGGGAAGUCCUUCUACACCAGUGAGACAGUGAAAUUGCAGGGCCAGAACAAGGAGAUCGAGCAAGAGAGGGACUAUUACAAGGAAGAAAUGCAGAAACUCCAGACAAAACAGAUGGAGUUGGAACAGGAGCUUGACUUCUUUAAGGACCAAUCUGGGGAGUUAUCGAGAACAAAGCAAGCUUUGGAACAAUCUCGAGAUUACAUGACAGAUGAUAUGUCUAAACUGCAAGCUCAGCUUAAGCAGCUGCAGCUAGAGAGGAAUUACUUCAGUGAACAGCUCAAUGUGAAUCAAGAGGAGAAGAGACAGGCUGAGAGGGAACGAGAGUACUAUAGUGAGCAGGUGCUUCAGCUACUCGACAUCCUUAAAUCAAAGCCAACAUCAACACCCUCAUCGCCAAUGCAGAUUGGAAGAAAAUCAAAGCCUGUUUCUCCAGAAAAUGAGCUUGCACGAGUAUGUCAUGAAAGGGAUGUCUUGAAACAAGAGAGGGAUUUCUACAAGAUGCAGUACCAGUCAAUGAGGAAUCAACAGCAAGCACCAUUGUCAGGCAGAUCAGGCAGCUCUCCUGUAUCUGGGCCCUCUGGAAUUCCUGCAUCAGCAGGUUCAGUUCCAACAGGGGUACCAGGGGCAAUACCAAUGGGGCCCCCAGGGAUUGCCCCUCCAUCAGCAGGUCUCAUAGGCAGUCCUGCCUCUGGAUCACCUCCACCCAGACCUCAGUCUAUACCAGGUGCAGCGGAUGUAGAAGCUGUUAGACGAGAACGAGAUUUUUACAAACAACAGAUGGAAUACUUCCGUCAGCAGUACAAUGCACAAAUGCCCCGCAUGCCUUCUGCAGCAGGAGUUCCAUCAGAUGGUCGGCCACCAAUGGUCAGGGGAUCUGCAGAAACAUCCCCUCCUGUGGACCCUGAUUCAGCAGCUGUUAGGAAUGAGAUGGCAAUGUACCAGCAAGAGAGAGAUUUCUUCAAGCAGCAGUAUGAAAAUUUAAAAGCUAGUCUGGCUCAGCCGAUUCCUCAGGGAGAUGGUGCUAAAGAAAUAGAUGUCAGUAAUGUGAUACGAGAGAGAGACAUUCUACAACAGGAGCGAGAUUUCUUUAGAAACCACUACAAUGAAAUCUCUCGUAGGAUGGCUCAGGCAGCUUUAUCAACGCCUUCUGUGCCUCAGUCCAUUAAACAAGAAAUAGAAUCGUUAAUGACAGAGAAACGAGGGGUUGUAAUAGCCAAGGCAGAUUUAGAGGCAAAGGUAAGGAAUCUUACUGAAAAGCUGAGAGAAGUUGAGCAGGAGAAGAACGAAAUUGACAACCACACAAGGGAGCUUCAUGCAGCCAUUGAAAAACUCCAAGAUGCUGCCACCCAGCGGUAUCCCCCAUCCACACAGGCCUUCAUCGCAGAGAUAAGAAAGGCUCGAGAUUCAGCUUUGUCAGACCUUGAUAAGGUGAAGAAGGAACGGGAACUCCUCAGGGAAAAACUAAGGAGCGCCACCUCCAGCCAGAUGCGCGAGAAGGCCACCCUGGAGGAGGAGGCGUCCAACCUCCGGCACCAGACGGAGGAGGGAGGCAGGAUCGCUACGGAGUUGCAUCAGCGCCUGCAGUCCCAGGGCUCGCUCAUAGCGUCGCUGCAGGAUCAAGUGCAGGCCCUACAGGAUGCCCUCCAGCAGGCUAAUAAUGAACUGGGUCUGCAGGGCAAGCAGUCUGACGAUAUGAAAAAACUAUUGGAAAGGAAGGUAGGGGAGAUCGGGGACACAGAGCACCAGCUGGAGUUCCGCCUAAGUCAACUGUCGGCAGCCGAGAACCGAGUGUCCGACCUGGAGACUGAGCUGGACAGGGUGACGAAGGAGCUGGCGGUGGCGAGGGCAGACGGGGCAGCCUUGCGGGGGAACGUCAGCCGUCUGGACCACGACAAGGAUCUCCUGACGACAGAGCUGGACACGAAGACCGAGCAAGUCCUGCACCUGCGAGAGGAACUGCGGAAGAAGGAGGCUGCCAUAGCUCAGAUGGAGGGGAACAUAACGAAGCUGGAGGGCAAGCUUGAGUGAGUACAUAAGCUCCUUGAUAUUUGUGUUGGAAAUGAAGCAAGGCCGAAAAUCAGACGAAGAAUCGGCGGUUAUUGAUAUUCGUGGAGGAGAUGAAGCAGGACCGAAAAUCGGACGAAAAA